AUGUCGAGCUACGCCAAACUCAAAGAGAUGGCGCUUAAGAAGGCGGAGGAAGAGCAAGCCACACUCAACCAGGAGCGCGAGCGGAAAGAGCGUGAAGCAGCGGCGAAAUUGGCCGCACGAGAGGCUCAAGAGAAAGCGCAGCAGGAACGGGAGCGCAAGAUCCUCGUUCAGCGUAUGACUCGUCAGAAGGAGGAGGAAGCCCGCGAAAGGAUGCGCAAGGAGCAUGCUGUCAAGCUCGAACAGGACAGGAAGGCAAGCGACUUGAAUGCGGCAACCUCAAAGCAGGCAGCGUCCAAUCUUCCCAAGCCAGCAUCCAUCAAAGCGUCAGGAUCCACCCAGAAGAUCGAUCUCUCCCACCGGCUCAAGCCUAGCUCGGCAAGCGGCAAUGCAUCCAGAAAAAAACGCAAGGUCGACGAAGAUGACUUUGUCGGCAACCGCUUAGACAGGGUCCGCCCAAACAAGACCGAGCGUCAGCCGUCAUCCGCAAGCUCCAGCGCUUCCAGAAAGAAGGCAAUUCCAAUGACUCGCGAAGAAAAGCAGGCCAUCAAGCGAGCUAGGGAGUUCGGCUCCCUUCCAAGGCUACCUCCCAUCGGACGCAUCGGUGCGAGCUCAGGCUCGGCGAGGAACAGCCCAAGUAUCGGAGCAGGCGAGGCUGACAGACCGGCUCGACCUUCCGGCCGCGCGCAAAUGGCCAAGGACAACGGGCUGGUAGCACUCGGCACAAAGAAGCGCGACCAACGCACCAUCGACGAGAUCGAGCGUGACCUCAGAAAGCUCAAGGAGGCCAAUGGGCAGGGAAGGAGUGACGGGCCCUCACAGGCCGAGCUCGAACGUGAAGCCGCCUUGGCUCGAAGGCAAAAGGCGAUGGAAGAGAAGCGGCGGAGCGACCUGAAGGCAAGGGAACGUGCGGCGCUACGCAAAGAGGACGGUGAUGGCAACGAUUCCACGGACGACCUGUUCGGCUCCGACAGCAACGAGAACAAGACGGAUGACGUGCGACGAGGCAACACAUCUCAGCGGAAGGACAAGACGCAGCACCACACUCCUGCGAACCACACGCAGAGCGACUCUCGGCACGCCAGCCGCCCGUCAUCUGCUUCACAAUCCGUGGAAUCGAAAGCUGUGGCUGGACGAGCUAUGGGCGGGAUCAAUCCGGCCGACUUUCUUCCUGGCGCUCCGCUUCGGCCUGAGGCUAUAGCUCGACUGAGCCAGAAGGCGAGAUCGACGCCAGAGUCGGCCCCAGCCUCACGCCGACGUUCGCCCGAUUUCGAGACCACGUGCAAGUCAAGACGAUUCGAGUCAGAAUCCAAGUCAUCUCCCGCGCCGGCAACAGCAUCUCCCUCUGUCGCUCCGCCGCGAAGGGAGACCGCACGAGAUCGGUUCAUUCGGGAGCAAGAGGAGAAGAAGAGAGCAGCGGCGGGAAGCUCCGGUUACGAUGGACGGCGAGCCGGCGGAACACCUGCUCGAUCUGCUGCCGAAUAUGACGGCGAAGAGGACGACUAUUCGGACGAAUAUGACAGCGAAGGGAUCGAUGACGAUGAUGAUGACGACGGCCGAGGCGGAGGUAGCCAGAACUAUCGCGACGAAAUUUGGAAGCUCUUUGGCAAAGAUCGCAAAAAGUACGCCAGCAGGGUCGUGGACAGCGAUGACGAUAUGGAAGCGGACGCAGCUUCGGUAUUGCAAGAAGAGCUGAGAAGUUCGAAGCAUGCGCGCGAGGAGGAUCUACGAGAAGAGCAGAUGGAGAAGCAACGAGAGCGCGAGAAGCUCCUCCGCAAGCAGGGUGCGAAGCGCAUCUAG